GGACGUAUUGUUUUCAUGUCCAGCAUUAUUGCCUAUUUUACUCUGGGAAAUGGCAUUUAUUCUAUGACCAAAGCAGCUAUUGAAAAGUUUUGCGAUGCUCUAAGACUGGAAAUGAAGAAGUUUGGUGUUCAGGAUGUUACCAGCAGAUAAGAGACUUCUAAAUUUACAGAUCUACAAACUUCUUCAAUGCAUUCACCAGAAAGACAAGAAGCAAAUAGAAAAGCUGGUCCAGAAUGGAAUUCCAAAUCUCAUUAAUUUCACGGAGCCUAUGGAAGGAUAUAGUGCCCUUCAUUUGGCCUGCAUGAAAAAUGACGUUGAUAUGUGCUGCUUCUUGCUGGAACAGGGAGCUCAUCCAGAUGUCCAGGACAAAAUGGGACGUACUCCGGCAAUGAAGGCAGCUGAGCUGGGCUAUGAGUUGGUUUUGGAUUUAUUAGCAAAAGCUAAAGCAGACAUGGCUGCAGUGGAUAAUGAAGGGAAAGGUGUUUUGUUUUACUGCAUUUUACCUACAAGGCGGCACUACAACUGCAUGCAAAUUGCCUUGGAUUAUGGUGCAGAUGUUAACAACUGCACUACUGAUGGGAAGCCUGUGUUUCUACAAGCCUGUGAGCAAGCUCAUGAUAUUAAGGAAAUAUGUCUGAAUUUAUUGGAAAGAGGAGCAAAUCCCAAUGCAAGAAACCCGGCUACGGGUCGCACAGCCUUGAUGGAAGCUGCAAGAGAAGGCGUUCUGGAGCUGGUGCGUGGUCUACUUGAGAAGGGAGUUGAAGUUGACCAAUUUGACCUUGAAAGACACAGUGCUGCACAUUUUGCGGCCAAAGGAGGCUUUUUUGAGAUUUUGAGAAUUAUUUCAGCUUAUGAUGGAGACUUGGGCCUGGUUGCUAUGAAUGGUAACACACCACUUCAUUAUGCUGCGGAGGGAGGAUUUGCAAAUUGCUGCAAGUUUAUAGGACAAAGAGGCUGUGAUCCUACCUGGAGAAACUUAUUAACAAAGACUCCAAGAGCCAUUGCCAAGGAAUGUGGUUUUAAAGCAGCAGCAGCAGAAUUGCUUAAAGUUGAAAAAACCUAUAUAAAACAGUCCAAGACUGGAGCUACAGAGGACAACCCCCACUGGGCACUGAGGCUAUAUGACUGGUCCUUAGAGCACCAGGCUGCCCUCCACAAGGCGUUUGAGGCUGUUGACCAAGGAGAUGGCACAGUAGCUAAAGAAGAUUUUAUAUCUGUUAUUCAGAAGCAGUGCACCUUUGUGGAUGUUGAACAAAUACAAACUAUUGCUGAUAUCCAUGAACAGUCUCACCUCGGGGAAAUCAACAUUGAAGAAUUUUUUAAAGGCUCUAAAUACUUGCAGAAAAAGUGUCUUAUAACAUCUUUUGGACUCAAAGGAAAGAAGGGGAAGCAAGGCAAGAAACGAAGAGGCAAAAAAGGCAUUGCCAUCCCUGUGCCAGUCUGUGUUGUUCCGAAGAGUGCAUGUCAGCUUAGGGAAGAUGGCUUCCCUGUGUACAUGAUUGAGGCUGUUCAGAGCAUUGCUGACAGAGACCUUUUUAACCGAGACCACCCAUCUGCCCAUCCUGUGCAUGAUGACCGUGCCUGGUAUAUAGAAGAGGCAAGGAAAACGUACAUGAAUAUUAACUACCUAGUCAGAGCAGGAGACAUUCUGUCUCUACAGAAAGCAUUUGAGGAAGGUGUGCCAGUAGACAUAAAAGAUAAAUAUUACAAAACACCUUUGAUGGCUGCAUGUGUAAGUAGGAACAUAGAAGUUGUGAAGUAUCUUCUGGAAAAAGGAGCUGAUAUAAACACAACAGACAAUUUCAUGUGGACUCCUCUCCAUCACGCUUGCUAUAAUGGGGACAUAGAUAUUGCUGAACUGCUAGUGAAGGCUGGAGCAGCAGUGGAUGCACCCUCAAUAGGCAAUGCAACCCCGCUAAUGAGAGCCAUUGAGAUUGGCAGAUUGGAUUUAGUCUAUUUUUUAAUCAGUGCAGGUGCUGACAUCCGAAUUACAAACCGCAAUGGAAAGAAUGCUCUUGAUAUUGCUAAAGAAUUUGGAGAUUCCAGAAUAAUUGCUUUGCUAGAAAAUGAACUGGAAAAAUUGCCAGAAGUUCCAGAAAAAAAAGAAGCAGAGAAACGAAAAGUUGUGAAGCCAAAGUCACCUUCUACACAGAUGCCUGUAGAGGUACAAGCUGUGAAAAGAGAGUCUUCACAGGUAUCUCUGCCACUUGUAGAAAAAUCCAUUCAUGAAAAGACAAUGCAUUCCCUUAAGGACAGUGUUAGUUAUCUGAAUGAUGCAAUAACCAGUGGUGCUACCAAGAAAGAUGACAUCACAUUCAAACCCAGACAAAUUUGGGCCCCUGAUGCUGCAACAGAGGAGCUAGUGAGAAAGCAAGAAUUGCUCCGUGAACGCUUUGCUCUUGAUGGCCACUCAGCAAGCUCCACGACCCCCUUUAACAGAAAAGUUAUGGAAUAAGCACACCAGUUAGAAGAAACUACUUCAGCAUUCAAUCUGUGGGGACACAAAUCUAAAAGGCUACUCCCUUCUAAGGAAGGAAUCAUGCAGUGCGCAGUAAAUGUAUGUCAGUUCUGAUUAAAAACAAAAAUUUAGCAAAUUUUUCCUCUGUAGAUUUUGUUGCUUAUACACAAGCUUUUGUUAAUGACUAAGUCUGGAAAAAGUGUUAUCCUCCUGUGAUUCUAAGUCUUGAAGCUAGCUCAGCGUACUUCUCAAAGCAGCCACUACUGUGACACACGCGGCCUUUUUCUUUGUAAGGGUAUGGCUUUAUGAGCCUUUUUUUCACCCCAAGAUAGAAAUCCAUCCAGGAAGACAUACUACCCUUUCUAGUAAAAGGGUGUUAAACAUAAAGAUAUGAAGAUUCAUGUGUUAGGAUCAGGCUGGGUCCUAACGUGUUCUGCAGAUGGACUCAACACCUCUUGGAUUCUGUUGAGUAUGUCUGCAAAGUAGUUGGCAGCACAAAAGUGAGCCCAAUUUGGAGCUUCAAAAAGGCAGCAGCAGGUGAUAAGUUUUGGGUAAGCAGAGGCUGGAAAUAGAGAGAAUGUUUAGCUUAGAGAGGAAAGAAGUGGGAGGGAAUGCCAUAAAAUAUAUCUAAAAAAGCAAAAAGCGUGGAGAAGUGAACUGAAACCUCCUAUCUAUUCUUUCACAGUAUAUAAGAACAUUCAGCCCACAGAAAAAAGAGGAAGCAGCACACAUUAAAUACUCUACAGUGUACAAAUAGGCUGUGAAACCCUCUAGCCCAGUUAUCCUUGGAAACUUAAGGAAAAAAAAAACAUUUACAUAGAUUGUGAGAAGAGCCUUAUUAACUUAUGCUAAAGGAUAAGAAUCCCUUGUGUUUCAGGACCUCAGCUAAUUACUGUUGGCACAUGCUAGAGAAAUCUUUCUAGGAAUGCAGUUCACUCCCCAAUCGUCCAGUGCGGUACUGUGUGUGCCUCUUAGGGGAAAAAGAUGACACCAGCCUAUACAAACACUGUAAAUUAAUUUACUUUCUGGUUUGACAGUGCCCAUUCUCAAAAUUCACUUUAACACUGUGAGACUUCAAGAGCUGUCUGCCCCAAAAGCACAGCUAUUUUUGAAAAUUUGUUUGCAAACAUACUCUUUUAUAACUGCAAGCCUUGAGCAGUGGAAGCCAAGUUUCAAACUGAGUUCUUUCCUUCUGGUCCAUCAUUUAUUUUAAUACAAACCAAGUUUUGCCCUUGUUGAUGUGUAUGAUAUAAUGUUGCCAUGCCUGGAUUUGCCUAGGUAUGAAGAGAGUAGUUGUGGAAAGCCUAAGCAGUCAUAUUCUUAAAGCUGUCACCACUUCCUUCCCAGCACUGCGUGCAGCCAUCCUUUUUCAUUCUAGGUGCACAUCCAAAUGCAAAUGUGAUAUUUAGUAGAUAACAAAGACAAUCGCAAAGCAAGUAGGUAUCUCUAGUGAGAUACUAUUUUUAAAUACCACUGCUGAACAUACUAUGUGUAUGAACAUGUGUCACAAAAGAGGAUAAAAGUCCUAUUUAAAUAAAAGUGUGACUUAACAGUUUGAUGAUAAGGUCACACUAUUACUUGUUGUGUGGAUGAAAUGUAUGAGGGAAAAUUGGGUUAUAUGUGUUGAUAGCAAACCUCAUAUAGCCAAAGGAUUAUAUGUGCAUGCCCGAUUCCUUGUGUCCCUUCACUAACAUUUCAAAGUGCCAUCUUGCAUCUCCACCGUAAUCAUCUUCCACGUGGACAUCUGCAGACUGCUGUCAGGUGUCAGUUCACUCCAAAGUCUGGAUUCAAGGCUUCGCAAAGCAGACUCUUGGGUUUCAGAUUUCAUUAGACAAUUUAAUGGAGGAGCACAGCAGCAUGGUCCACUCCGCAGAGAGGGGCUGACAUGAUCCAAGAAAUCCCUGGGCAAUUAUAUCCUUACAGACAAUUUA